GAGUGAUAAAAACACACUUAACGUGCGUGGCUGCGGGUUGCGUGCAUCUCUACUAUCUGCAUCCUGAUUCCGCCUGAUACUACAGUUAGAUUCUUCAUUAUAAUUCACUGUAUACAAACGGUUACCCCUUUCUGAUUUCAGAAGCAUGUGUGGUAUCUGGGCCCUAUUUGGCAGUGAUGAGUGCUUGUCGGUACAGUGCACUAGUGCCAUGAAAAUCGCUCAUAGAGGACCGGACGCCUUCCGCUUUGAGAACGUCAAUGGCUUCACCAACUGCUGCUUCGGCUUCCACCGCCUGGCCAUAGUAGACCAGUUGUACGGCAUGCAGCCACUACGGGUCAAGAAGUUCCCUUACCUCUGGCUCUGCUAUAAUGGAGAGAUCUACAACCACCUCACACUGAAGGAGCAGUUUGGUUUCGAGCACCAGACCAAUGUGGAUGGGGAAGUGAUGCUGCACCUGUAUAGCCGCUUCGGGGUGCAGAAGAUGGCCUCCCUGCUGGACGGGGUUUUUGCCUUCAUCCUUCUGGACACGGCUAACCGCAAAGUGUUCAUUGGGCGAGACACAUACGGAGUCAGGCCCCUGUUCAAGCUCCUCACUGAUGAUGGCUUCCUGGCUGUCUGCUCUGAAGCUAAAGGUUUGACGGAGCUCUCUCACACCGUGCCUUCUUCAGCCAGCGUAGUGCCCUUCCUCCCUGGACACUUCGAGGUCUUUGAUUUGAAGGCUAAUGGGAAAGUGCAGUCUAUUCAGAUGGACCAGUUUCACUGCUGCACACAGGAGCCUGCCCACGCCGUCUACGACACUGUGGAGAGACUGCCCACAAGUUUCGAUGAAGAGACGGUAAAGAGUAACAUCAGAGCUCUGUUUGAGAACGCUGUGAGGAAGCGACUCAUGUCUCACCGCAGAAUCGGAUGUCUUCUCUCAGGUGGUCUGGACUCCAGCCUGGUAGCAGCCACUUUGGUGAAGUUGGCCAAAGAGGACAAACUGCAGUACCCCAUCCAGACUUUCUCCAUUGGCUCAGACGACAGCCCUGAUGUUCUGGCUGCCCGCAAGGUAGCUGCUCACAUCGGCAGUGAGCACCACGAGGUGAACUUCUCAGUGGAAGAGGGGAUCCAAGCUGUAGAAGAAGUCAUCUAUCACCUGGAGACAUAUGACAUCACCACUAUACGGGCAUCUGUGGGUAUGUACAUGGUGUCGAAGUACAUCCAGCAGAAGACUGACAGUGUGGUGAUCUUCUCUGGAGAGGGGUCUGAUGAGCUGGCUCAGGGAUACAUCUACUUCCAUAAGGCCCCCUCUCCCAGAGCAGCAUCAGAAGACAGUGUGCGGCUGCUGAAGGAGCUCUACCUGUUUGAUGUGCUCAGAGCCGACCGCACCACUUCUGCUCAUGGUCUAGAAAUGCGGGUGCCAUUCCUGGACCACAGACUGACUGCGUACUACCUGUCUCUGCCUGAGGAGAUGAGGGUCCCCAGGGCCGGCGUGGAGAAGCACCUGCUCAGGGAGUCGUUCAAAGGCUUGGACCUGAUCCCAGAGGAGAUCUUGUGGAGGCGUAAGGAGGCCUUCAGCGACGGCAUCAUGUCCUUUAAAAAGUCCUGGUACAUGUGCCUGCAGGAGCACCUGGAGUCUGUGGUGAACGAUGAUCAGAUGAAGAAGGCUCACGUGACGUUCCCUUACAACCCCCCUCCCUCCAAAGAGGCGUACUACUACAGACAGGUGUUUGAGAAGCAAUUCCCAGGGCGCGCCCAGUGGCUGUCCCAUUUCUGGAUGCCUCGUUGGACCAACGCAACUGACCCCUCUGCCCGCACCCUCAGCAUCUACAAGCCAGAGAAAGACCAGUGAAUCCAGCUACCUCCU